AGUGAGUAAGGUAACAGCAUCCUGCACCAUGGAGGUGGUCACAGCACCAAAGCCAUGGACAUCUUAUAUAUUAGGACAAAGCUCACUAUUUCCUAUUUUAAUUUGCAUUUUAAGCCAAAGUUAUCGGAUAAGAGCAGAUGACGGCGGCAUGGAGGAACUUACCACGGAGAAAGAGGCAGAGGAAAGUCACAGGCAGGACAGCGUGAAUUUACUCACAUUCAUUUUGCUUUUGACCCUCACUAUCCUCACAAUAUGGCUCUUCAAACACAGAAGAGUGCGCUUCCUGCACGAAACCGGGCUGGCUAUGAUAUAUGGUUUGUUGGUGGGUGUUAUUUUGCGGUAUGGCAUCCCCUCCACCAGCUACCACAAUAAAACUCCUCCGAGCUGCUCUCUGAAGGUGGGUCCUGUCAGCACGCUGCUCCUCAACGUUAGUGGAAAGUUCUUUGAGUACACGCUCAAGGGGGAGAUCAACUCCAGAGAGAUCCACAAUGUAGAACAGAACGACAUGCUGCGCAAGUUGACCUUUGACCCAGAGGUGUUCUUCAACAUUCUGCUACCUCCCAUCAUUUUCCAUGCUGGAUACAGCCUCAAAAAGAGACAUUUCUUCAGAAACCUAGGAUCCAUCAUAACAUAUGCUUUCCUGGGCACUGCCAUUUCCUGUUUUGUUAUUGGAAACCUCAUGUAUGGAGUGGUAAAACUGAUGCAGGUUUUGGGUCAACUCACUGACAAGUUUUACUACACAGACUGCCUCUUCUUUGGUGCCAUCAUAUCUGCCACAGAUCCAGUCACUGUACUUGCAAUCUUUAAUGAGCUCCAUGCUGAUGGUGAUCUCUAUGCACUGCUGUUUGGAGAGAGCGUCAUGAACGAUGCAGUCUCUUUUGUCCUCUCAUCGUCGAUUGUGGCAUAUCAGCCUACAGGAGCCAACAUGCACACAUUCGAUGCCUCUGCCUUCUUCAAAUCAGUGGGAAUCUUCCUUGGCAUCUUCAGUGGCUCCUUUGCUAUGGGUGCAGUCACUGGAGUAGUCACUGCCCUCGUGACAAAAUUCACCAAGCUGCACUGUUUCCCUCUGCUGGAGACUGCUCUGUUCUUCCUCAUGUCCUGGAGUACCUUCCUACUAGCUGAAGCUUGUGGAUUCACAGGUGUUGUUGCUGUGCUGUUUUGUGGAAUCACACAGGCUCACUAUACUUACAACAAUCUCUCAGAGGAGUCAACCAAACGCUGUAAACAGCUUUUUGAGGUGCUGCACUUCCUGGCUGAGAAUUUCAUCUUCUCGUACAUGGGACUGGCUCUCUUCACCUUCCAGAAUCAUGUCUUCAGCCCCAUUUUCAUAAUUGGAGCCUUUAUUGCCAUCUUUAUCGGCCGGGCCUUAAACAUCUACCCUCUCUCCUUCUUGAUUAACUUGGGCCGAAGACACAAAAUCAGUGGAAACUUUCAGCAUAUGAUGAUGUUCGCAGGGCUGCGAGGGGCAAUGGCAUUUGCACUGGCGAUUCGUGACACUGCCACGUAUGCACGGCAGAUGAUGUUUACCACGACCCUGCUGAUCGUGUUCUUCACCGUUUGGGUGUUUGGUGGAGGUACCACGCCAAUGCUGUCCUGGCUACAUAUCAGGGUUGGAGAGUCUUCAACAGCAGAGAAGGAGAGCCUGCUUAAACUGUGGAAUUACCUCAGAGUUGGAGUGGACCCUGAUCAGGAUCUUCAGUCUUGUGGGGACAGCUUCCAGGUUCUUCAGGGAGAUGGGAGCCAAUCAGAGGGGCAAAGCAAGACCAAGCAGGAGAGCGCCUGGCUUUUCAGACUCUGGUACACUUUUGACCACAAUUACUUGAAGCCUAUCCUGACACACAGCGGCCCUCCUCUGACUUCCACCCUGCCGGCCUGCUGUGGUCCGCUGGCUCGCUGUUUGACCAGCCCCCAGGCUUAUGAGAACCACGAGCCGUUGCAAGACAAUGACUCAGACCUCAUCCUGAAUGAAGGAGACCUGACGCUUGCAUACGGCGACACGGCCAUCACAGCCAAUGGCGCGUCAUCUUCCUGCGGCCCCGAGGGAUCGGCCUGGAGCUGGGGCAUUAAUGGCAAACGCAGUGACAGUACGUCAGAGGACGCUCUGGAGAGAGAACUGGACACACGUGAACAUGAGCUCUUGAGCCGUGGCACGCGUCUUGUUUUCCCCAUCGAGGACCUUGCUUGACUCCUCCCUUUCACACACAGCUGAUUAAAGACCUCAAACUUUAAACCACACCUCCUUUUGCUCCAUACCUCCGCUCUUCUCGUACAUAUCUCCAUCUAACCACCCUGGACCCUACAAAAGAUCUCAUACAGGCGGGCGGAAAAUGUGAAUGGACCAGGAUGGAGAGGAGGAGGGUUUCAAGCUCUUGGACGAAGAGCUUUUCAUUCUCAUCUGUUUUCUUGAGCAGAGGUGACGUUAGAGAUGCUGGGGCAGUCUGAUCAUCUCCAGACAAAAGGACUUGAGACUUUAAGCAGUGACUCCCUGUUAUAUAAUGUGACUGACUGGAAAGAAACAGCUUUCCUGUUUAGACUGAAUAUUGAAAGCUUUGGGCAUAAAUUGACUUGACAUGCUUUUUGGUAAUGGAUUGAAUGGUCGCAGUGUGUUUUUCUGCUUCCCUUCACAUUCACAUGCCACAUAUUGACAUGUUGGGUCAAUCAUUCUUUGUUUUCUGUUGGCAGUGCUGCUACAAAAUUGAAUACAUAGAAGAAGCUGGAAAUAUGACUGAUAAACACACACAGAGUCACUCUUCUAAAAUAUAAACAUUGAACCGGCAUACCAGUACUACAUCAGACCUCGCUCAAUCAUUUGCAUUUAAAUGAUUGUUUUUCCCAUCAGGCAAAUGAGCGAAUGCUGAUAGUGUUUGUAAAUACACUAGGCAGGACAUGAAAGCCUACAAACACAAUAGCAACAUUGUUCGACAUGAGUGCAUGCCUCAUCUCAUGACUGCCUACUCAAACCAUGUAAAACUUCAAUGUAGUGAGUUUCAGUUCAAAAAUUUUCCAGCAACAUUUUGGUUGUGUGAACGCCUCUUGCUUUAAAAGGUCAAGUGGAAGCUCAGCUGCAUUCCUGACAUCAAAUUAGAAUUGUUGGCUCCUGGCCAAUCGUUGUAAAUAUGAAUCUGUAAAUCUUCACAGCUGAGUUUUUUUUUUUUUUUUACAGUGGGAUACAACCAGAGUGUAUGACCCAUGCACUUUAGCUGAAGUCCUUACAUGCAUGUAUUGCAAUUGAAAGGAGUGUUACUUAUUCUAUUAGCUUACCUUAACAUCCACAGAGCUGGAAGUGAUAGGAAUUUUGCAGUUGUCAAAAAGACCACAUGUCUGCAUCAAAUGUGUGUGUGGUGUUCCCUUCACGCCUCCACACAAUGUAUAUAAUGUUCAUGAAGUUGGAUCUUUGCAUUAUGUAUGAGUUUCCACUAUACGGCAGCUGAUGACUACGCAAUCGUGGAAUGUGGAAUCCAUGGCAUGAGAUUGUAGUGUUGGUUUUGAGUCCACCUCAUUCGAGUCCGAGUCUUUAAACAAUCGACUCCGAGUCCAAAAUGGGCCAAGUCAGACUCAAGACCGAAACCAUAACAGGCCGAGUCCGAAUUAAUCUGUUCAUGAAUCUGAAUUCAAAUUUAACCGUAAACUCAACAUCAAUAUUUUAAGCUUAUUUUAACUUUCACAACUAAGAAAACACAAUCGUCAAUAUAAAUGUAACAAAAACACCUUUAUAUUUUAUGAUUCGUUUUCUGCUGAACAGACUUCAAAGUGGUUUCAGAAUGAAAGCAUAUGCUUUAGGUGUACGAAGACAAAACUGUCUUUCAACACAAUUCUUAUUGCGUUCUGUUGACAUUUCAAUUAUUUGUUGCUUUUUCCCCUCCACUCAAACAUACACCAAAGAAAGUGAAAGCUGCGUUAUUCAUUAAAACCAGAGUUAUUAUUGUUUCAAAUUUUAAUUUUGUUUUUUAUUUCUACUUCAUUUUCAAUUUGUCCUUUCAAUUUAGUUUACUUUUAUCGAAAAUGAUCCCUAUCUAAAGAAAUAAUAUAUACUGAGAUAUCUGCCAACUGGUUUGGGAAAAUAAUGAGACCUGUGCGCGUUCAUGAGACAGACUGAACGCAAGCUUUAGAGCUACUGGCACGAGAGCAAACCCUUUAAUAUGGCGUGUUGCUUUCUUUAUGAUUAAUGACUGUUUGUGUAAUAAUUGUUCAUGAGUCCCUAUUUUGUCCUGAGCUGUGAAGCUGCCCACUUUUCUCUACAAAAAUAUUGUACAUUCUUUGGUUUCCCAGCAUCUUCUGCACAUUUGAGAUCUUCAGAACAAGUGGAUAAAUGAUAUAGACAUCCAGCUUUUGACACUUAGGACAAUUGAUGGUCACAUACACAACUAUUACAAAAGGUGCAAACAUUCAUUGAUGCUCAAGAAGGCAACACAAGAACCAAGGGGAUGCAAACUUUUGAACAGCAUGAUUUGUGUAAAUUACAGUACAUUUUGUGUAAUGUAGCUUUUGAAGGGAAGUACUACAAGUACUACAUACAUUCUGAAUGGGGUGUAAAAACGUAUAGGGCUAAAACAAAUGUGGUAUGCAAACUUCUGCAAUAUAUAGUUUGUGAAUUUAUAUUUUAUUUUAUAUUUUGUUUUUCACUAUUUAACCACAUUUUAGCGUUUUUUAAUUUUUUAUUUACAUAUUCCACCUAGCCUAUUCUAUCCAUAUGAUGUCAUAUUGCAUGUGUAAUAAUGAGUAAACUUGUCAUGUCAGGUACACAUUUUAACACAAAGUUCACAACAUUGUAUUUUUGAAUUUUAGGUUCCAAUCCCCACAUCUCAACAUUUAAAGGAAUGUUCCUCGUUCAAUACAAGUUAAGCUCAAUCAACAGCAUUUGUGGCAUAAUAUUGAUCAUCACAAAUACAUUUUGACUCCUUACCCCUUUUCGUUAAAAAAAGCAAAAAUCUGUUAAAGUGAUGCACAUACAUUGGAAGUGAAUGAAUGUGGCCCAUUUUUGGAGGGUUUAAACAAAGGAAUUUGAAGCUUAUAAUUUUAUUAAAGCACUUACAUUCAUUCUUAUGUUAAAACUCAUGCAUUAUUUGAUCUGUAAAAUUGUUUAAAUAGUCAUUUUUACAGUCGUUUUAGGGUUUGUUGACAUCAAAUCAUCAUGGCAAAUAAGUUUUAAAAUUGGAUAUAAAUUUACACAGAAAAGGUUAGUGAGUGAUUUUAUCACACUAAAAUCGUGUUUCACGCAUAUCCUUUGUCUUGUGGCUAUACUUUUGAAAAAGUGCGUAUUUUAAUGUUCACAAAUUGGCCCCCAUUCACUUCCAUUUUAAGUGCCUCACUGGAACCCAGAUAUUUGCUUUUUUUUUUUUUUUUUAAAGAAAAGGAGGGAAGAGUCAAAAUGUAUUUUUGUUGUAAUCAACAUUAUGCCACAAAUGCUGUCGAUUGAGCUUAACUUGUAUUGAACCCGGAAUAUUCCUUUAAGUGCCUGUACUAUGUAAAAAGUGCAGUGUAGCUGUCUGAAUGUGACACUUGUCUGAUUUUCCUCCGUGCUCGUGGGAAAAUGAACGUUCAGGAAACACCCCGCUUACAUUUUCACUUGUUGCGCGAAGACAUGGAUCGGCUUUCAGCUCGUUGCUGAAAACGCGUUUUUGCGUUAUUUUGGGCAUUUGUGCUGACUGACAGGACGACACAGUGCAAAUGCUAAGUGCAUGAUGUCAUUGCCAUGGUAACCAGACACAUUUCAGCUGAUUUGCUGAAGACUAGAAUGAAUGUAUCGUCAAAUCAACAUGCGAUGCAACAAAAUUGAUUUUCUUCUCUGCAAACUAUACCAGUUACAGUUAAUUCAUCAAGGACCAGUUUAAGCUGACAACACUGCGUGGACCACAAGAGACUACAGAUGCCUACAUGUGUGGAUACAUUACGCCUGAAAAGAUUUAAUAGCCCAAUAUUAAUAAUAUUUUUCAGAUUUUUUUUAUUUUUAUGUUUUUUUAGUAAACUGUGAGAGACAUGAUGUGGGUGACUUGACUUAACGAAGUUCUUAACCAUGACGAAACCGCGAUGCGAACACCAUCUUGACUGCCCAAACAGAGCGUGCGAUUUGACCAGUUGUCAGGUCCCAUGCGAAACUGCCCUGUAGUGUCUAGUAUAUUGGACACAUACCUGUCUUUAUGUGUUAGUCGAGCCAGCCACCUCGAUAAUCAAUGUUAUACAGUAGCCUAGUCUCUGUAGUAACAUUCAAGUGUAUUGGUUGACUGAGUGUGCCACUCUGUGUAUUUGCUCAACACGGGUGCUACCAGGGCCCUAGCUAGUGGGGUGAAAGAUGGCAAUGAUUCUAGGGGCCCAAAGGUCCCCACAACAAAUUAUAAACUGUAUUUUUUAAUAGGAAAGUGGCCCAGAUUACCUCGUUACGGCCCUGGGUGCUACUACAACUGCUUGCAGACAGAGUGUCCCAUUUAUUUCUGUUUCGUUAUUUUUAUUUAUUUAUUUUGUUCAUUGAGUCACAAAUCAAAUGCCUUGGACUCUGAAAAAAAUCCUGAGUCACAAAGGCUCGAGUCCGAGUAAAAAUGCAUCCGAGUCUACAAGUCCAAGUCUUAUAAUUGGACUCGUGACUCGGACUCGACUCCGAAUUAGAGUACCCCAACUCUACGAGAUUGACAGAAGGCAGUGGGCCAUUUCUCAGUCAUUACAGUAAAUGGAUGGCUCCAUUCCAUUUACCGCCAAUGUGCACUCCUACUAUUCUAAGCAAAUUAUAUUUUCACUGCAUCUAGAGAAGGAUUAUCUCCUGAAUAAUGAAUGCGAGUCUAAAGUGCGAGUGCUUUUUCAAGUUAAUGAAUAACGUCACCUCUUAUCUGUUCUGGAAAAAGUUUGAAAAGUCAUCCUUCAUUCUAAUAUAUCCAACUUUACAAUAAACUAACCUUGCACUCUCUCUGUGAAAUAACUGGGAUAAUAUUACAGCUGCCUCCAAUAUUGUCUGCUCGCGUCUGGCUGCCGUUCGCUUUUAACGGCAUAAUUAGACAACUUCAAAAGAAUCGAGUUUCACACCUCAGAA